AACCUGAUCCAGAAACAUCUUGAUUUGGCUUCGUUCAAAAGAAAACAGAGCCAACAGCUGCCAAGUGUUUUUUUUUUAUUACUCAACUUAAAUGUUUGCAAAGUCAUUUGUGAGGAUUCAUUAUUUCCAGAACUUAAUAUCCUGGGUCCUAACGACUCUGUCGCCCCCUGCAGGACUGUUCCUAAACCGCAGAGGAAGACCAAGGCGGUGGAGGUGAGAGGUCGGCGGGUGUUCGGAGCUCCUCUGCUCCUCAGCGUCCAGCAGACUGGAGAGACGCUUCCUCCCAGCAUCCUCAGAGCGCUGGUCCACCUGAGGAGCAAAUGUCUGGACCAGGUGGGUCUCUUCCGGAAGUCGGGGGUGAAGUCUCGUAUCCAGUUCCUCCGCGAGCUGGUGGAGUCGAACCCUGACGGCGUUUCCUACGAUGGUCAGUCCGCCUUCGACGUGGCCGACAUGGUGAAGCAGUAUUUCCGAGACCUGCCUGAACCGAUCUUCAGCAGCAAACUGUGCGAGUCCUUCCUCCACAUUUACCAAUAUUUCCCCAAAGAUCAGCAGCUGCUCGCGGCUCAGGCGGCCAUGUUGCUGCUUCCCGACGAGAACAGGGAGGCGCUGAUGACGCUGCUCUUCUUCCUGCGGGACGUGGUGGCGAGCGUGGACGAGAAUCAGAUGACACCGACCAACAUCGCCGUCUGCCUGGCGCCGUCGCUUUUCCACCUGAACGCCGUGAAGAGGGACGCCAGCGCAGCCAGGUCGAAUCACAGGAAGUGCAGCCUCGGUCUCCCCGAUCAACGAGACCUGAGCGAGAACCUGGCCGCCACCCAGGCCCUGGCCGACAUGAUCACCGAGGCCCGGAGACUCUUCCAGUUUCCAGAGUUCUGGCCCAGUCGGUGUCAAAGUGCUGCCGCAGAGGACGUCCAGGAGGAGGGAGGAGGCCCGGCCGGUCAGAGUGGAGGUGAGGAGGAGAGAAGGAACCAGCUGCAGCAGAUCACCCAGCACCUCCUGAGGGAGGCCAGGGAGAGGAGCCGAGGCUGGGAGAGCCACGCAGCUCCGGAGCAGGUGGAGCUCUCCUUCAAGAAGGUGGACGACGGCUGCCCGCUGUGGAUGUGGCGAGGCUCCGUGGAGGUGGACGCUCCUCAGAAGGAGCUGCUCCACCGCCUGCUGAGGGAGCGGGAGCUGUGGGAGGGAAAGCUGCGUCAGUCCACCGUCGUCCAGACGUUGUCCAAAGACACUGAAGUCUACCGCUACGUCCUGCAGGGACAGGACCUGGUGUCACGGCCGCCACAGGAGCAUCUGCUGCUCAGGACGUGGCAGGCAGACCCGUCCUCCGGGCCUCUGUACCUGUCCUCUGUGUCCACUGAGCACCCUGAGGUGCUGCUGGAGGGGAUCAGAGCUCAUGUUCACUGCUGCCUCUACAUGCUGGAGCCAACCGGAGCCAGAAAGACCCGGCUGACGCACCUCUGUCGGACGGACACCAGGUGA